CCUUGUGUGUUAUUCAAUCCUGCCUAAUAAACAUUGUAGAUAGCUGGAUAUGCAUUAUAUACCGUAUGUAGGUAACCUGUUAACAAGUUCGGCAGGUACAUGAGGGUUACAGUGGGAUACUAUUGGCAGAGAGUAAUACUUCAUUUACCUAUCGUUUAGGUAGGCAGCUUUACGCAUAGCUUUAAAACUUGCUUAUACACUUGCCCAAGUUAUAAACUCUUUCACGUCCACUUACACAAUGGGUACCGCCUAUAAUCUUCAGGCAUCCUCUACGGGAUUGUCUAAUGUCCUAAUUGAUGUGUGGUUGACCCCUGAUGACGAUCUAGCAAAUCCUGACUAUCGCCUUAAUUGGUUACAAGAAGUUCGAGCCUGCCUUUGUUUUAGUACGAACUACGGACAAGCCAGUCAACUUCAAAACUCAUAUUCCGUCUCGAUAGGGGACAUGGAACUUGCAGACUCUCAGAGCGGGAUGGGCAGACUAAUACCAGGGGACAAUAUGCAGUGUGUCGGGUUUAGUUUUGCGCUCGACGCACGUUAAACGAGACCACAAUAAUACACGAGAGGCUACGAAUAGUAACCGCCCGUGGUGUCGGCAAGGAAUUUCUAGAACACCAUAAUGGCGGGGAAAUGUGCCUAGAGUAUCGAGAG